AGUGCAAAACAAAAUGGCGCCUCAAUCGUGGAAUGACGAUUGCUUCCACUAGCCAGCUUGCUAACUAUCUAAAUGUAAAAUUUCUGGUUAUUUAUGAAGAAAGUGUGAAGCCUCUCAAACAGGAAGACGCCAAAACUCGCACUUUGUUCAUCACGUUGGACUAAUUAACCGGUUUGGUUACUAUAUAGGGCACCACACACACACACAUCGAAAGAGAACAAACCUGUCAGUCAGGCCUCGGUGCGUCACGUUGAACCGGUACAAAAGCACUCGGUGUUUCUCAAAUCACAGCACAAACUCGUUCCUCUGCAGGGAGAAUCAGCUCCGUCCGCUUCCGACAUGUUUUCUCUGGUCACUUGCGGCGUGCUAGUUGGAAUAGUGUACCUGACUUUAGUGAACACCUUAUUUAAGAAGUCGAAAUGUACAGGCGCGAGACAAAUGAUUGGGAAAACGGUCCUAAUUACCGGUGGUAAUACUGGUAUUGGCAAAGCCACAGCGAUGGAACUUGCAGGUCGGGGCGCAAGAGUGAUCCUGGCUUGCAGGAACCAAAAGAAAGCCGAAGCCGCCAUCAGCGAUAUUAAAAAGGUGACUAGGAGUACUGAUGUAGUGUACAUGCAGCUCGAUCUGAGCAGUCUGAAAUCGGUGCGUUCCUUCGCCGAGACCUUCCUGAAGAUGGAAUCCAAGCUGGAUGUACUUAUUAACAAUGCAGGUCUUGUAGCGGACGGUCGAACUGAAGAUGGGUUUGGUAUCGAGUUUGGUGUCAACCAUCUUGGCCAUUUCCUGCUGACGUGCCUCUUGCUGGACAGGCUUAAGGAGAGCCCCGGAGGCCGUGUGAUCACCCUGUCCUCGAUGGCUCAUCAAUGGGGCAAGAUCGACUUCGAUGCACUGGUCACCAGCAAAGACCUGGGUAGUGGGAGAUACAGCUGGCAGUUCUUUCAGGCCUACUGCAACAGCAAGCUUUGCAAUGUUCUCUUCACGCAUGAGCUGGCUAAGAGGCUGAAAGGUACUAAUGUCACCUGCUACAGUGUUCACCCUGGUAUUGUGAAAACCGAGCUCUCCCGUCACGUCAGUCUCUGGCAGAAGGUGUUCAUUGAACCGGUAUCCUGGCUGCUGUUCCUGGACCCGACGACUGGCGCCCAGACGACCCUCCACUGUGCUGUACAGGAAGGCAUCGAGCCUCUCAGCGGGCGCUACUUUUCUUGCUGCGCCGUGCAGGAAGUGAGCGCCAAAGCCAGAGACAGUUCCGUAGCCAAGAAGUUGUGGGACGUGAGUGAGAAGUUAUGCGGGCUCUCCUAAACCCGACAGAAGAGAACUGUGAAAACUUGCAGCCUAUGAGACUUGAACCAGUUUCCAGUCAUUUAAAUGUUCUGAAAGUAUGAAAAGUUUUAAGACUGUGAUUUUGAUUUAGUUUAUGGUCGCAUUAAAUACAUUCUAGAGGAUGUUGAAACGCACAAUUCGUUGCAUUUUGGGCACUUUUUGCUCUUCCAUAUCCGAUUCAGCAAGAGCACGGUGUUAACUUUGAUACGUUGUGCAUUUUAUAAACUGUUGCUUUUGACUUAUUGUAAUAAAAUCUGUUUAAAGUGUGCUUUAAAA